AUGUUGACUGAAGAACAAAUUCAACGUUAUGAGCAAGAAGGUUUUUUCGUUAUUAAGCGUUUUUUAACUCCAGAAGAAUGUGAGGAAUUGAAAACAAUCGCACAUGAAAUGAUUAACGAUUGGGAGCCAGACGCGGAUUAUUCGUGGUUGUAUGGUGAUAAUGAAACAAAGCAACGCAUUCUACAACAACGAAUGAUUGAUAGUGGUGAUACAAUUUCAUAUAGUAUUGAAAGUGAUGCUGUCGAUCCUAACACUGGUAAACUUAAUCGUGAUAAGCAUCUUGUUAUCAGUCGCAUCGGUCAUGCACUGCAUAUUCUCAAUCCCUACUUCAAAGAAUUUACAUAUUCUGAUAAGAUCAAAGCGAUUGGGCGCGAUUUGAAUUUAGUUAAACCUGCUAUACGUCAAUCGAUGUAUAUGUUUAAACAACCAUUUAUCGGAGGAAAAAUACCACCACAUCGAGAUUCCACCUAUGUAUUUAAUGAUCCAUUCAAAGUGGUUGGUAUUUGGAUUGCACUGGAAGAUGCAACGAUAGAAAAUGGUUGUCUUUGGUUUAUACCAAAGUCGAAUUCAGAAUCAGCAAAACGACGUUACAUACGAAAUCCAGACGAGAAUGAAUAUAAGCAAGGUAAACUGCUCGUGUUCAAAGGCGAAGAACAAUAUGAUGAAAAGCGUUUUGUUCCAGUGGAGGUUAAAGCUGGUGAUUGUGUUCUCAUUCACGGAGAAGUUGUUCACAAAAGUGAACCAAACAAAUCAGCCAAGUCUCGACAAAUAUACGCACUCCAUCUUUUUGAAACGUACAAUUCAGUUUACGGCAAAGAAAAUUGGCUGCAAUUAUCAACACCAUUUCCAUUGCUUUAUGACGAUUCACCAUCUUGUGAGAUUCCGAAAGACAGGCAAUGA